UAAAUAGUCUUCAUAUCAUACUUUAUAUAAAAUGGAUCCAGCUUUAUUAAAGGAACGAGAAUUAUUUAAGAAACGUGCUCUGGCAACACCAACAGUCGAGAAAAAGAAAAAUGAUACAAAAUCAGAUUCUAUUCGAGAUGAAAAGAAGAAAAGCAAAGUAUCCUCUUCAUCAGGCUCAAAACUUGACCUAAAUACAUAUAAGACUGCUUCAGGAAGUUCACAAUAUCGUUUUGGUGUUUUAGCCAAAAUAGUUAAACACAUGCGUGUAAGACAUCAAGAAGGAGAUUCGCAUCCAUUGACAUUAGAAGAAAUCCUUGAUGAAACUAAUCAGUUAGAUGUGGGGUCUAAAGUUAAACAAUGGCUACAAACAGAAGCAUUACAAAAUAAUCCAAAAAUUGAAGUAACUGUAGAUGGUAAAUUUACUUUUAAGGCCACAUAUAAACUAAAGGAUCGUAAAAGUUUAUUGAAGUUGCUCAAACAACAAGAUUUAAAAGGCUUAGGCGGAAUAUAUCUUGAUGAUGUAAUGGAAUCUUUGCCUCAUGCAGAAAAGGCUUUAAAGACUCUACAGAAUCAAAAUGAAAUAAUUUUUGUUGCAAGACCAUUAGACAAAAAAAAGGUGUUAUUUUAUAAUGAUAGAACUGCUAGUAUGCCAAUAGAUGAAGAAUUUCAGAAAUUAUGGAGGUCAGUUGCUGUUGAUGCAAUGGAUGAUGAAAAAAUUGAUGAAUAUUUAGAGAAACAAGGCAUAAGAUCAAUGCAGGACCAUGGUCCCAAAAAACCAAUGGUACCUUUAAAACGAAAGAAAGCUGCCCAAAGAAAGAAACAGUUCAAGAGACCCAGAGAUAAUGAGCAUUUGGCUGAUGUUUUAGAAAAUUAUGAAGACAACACUUUAACUCAAAAAGGCCAAUACUCCACCUAAUCACUCAUUUUUUAACGUACAAGAAAAAAUAACAAGCAAUUUACUUAUUAAACAGUAUCAUAUUAAAAUGAUCAUUUGUGUAAAGUGGAUAUCUAUUUCUAACAGGGAAACGCGGAGAUAAUUUAUGUGAUAAUAAACUUCCUGUUUGAAGAUUAUUUAUAGAAAGAUUGAAAUAAAAAAGUGUUUAGUA